AUGGAUAACACUCAAAGACAACGCAGCGCGAGUCUCGACACUCUUGACAUUCUGUUCAAUCAGUAUGACACAAACAACGAUCUCCAGAUCUCCCUUCCAGAACCUACUAUACUUGACCAUGGAUUCGACUACAGUGACCCUGACUUCUCCUCCCUUUUUGAUGGUGGGAUAGUGGAUCUGGGAGAUCUGCCCGGAGAAAUCUCUUCUUUUCAGAACACAGCACACUCGUCAGAGGUGCCAGAAUUAACCUCAGAUGAUGACGACAACACAUCAUUGGAUAAGCUCUUUAUAAUUGUUGAUGAAUUGCGCCGGCGAAUACAUAAUCUGGAACAGGAGAAGAUCAACGAUUUGACCAAUUACAUUGGGAGAUUGCAACCAUUCUUGGAGAACGUGGGGUCAACGAUGCUGAAAAUACACCAAAAUCACUGA